CCUCCCUAUUUUCAGCAUUUUCUCCCGUAAACACUAAUUAACGUAAAAAGAAAACAAAAGAUUAGGAAGAACUAGGUCGAUGUGCAUCGCCUUGUUUUCUGUUCUUGCCCUGUGAAAUUGAACGAAACUUCCAUAUCAAGAACGUUGAAGGAUAUGGGAGAUGAAGGCAGUGAUGGCGGAGGCGGCAGCGAUGUGUCGUCGCCGAACAACAAGGUCAAGUUUCUGUGCAGCCACGGCGGGAAGAUUCUGCCGAGACCCGGCGAUGGACACCUCAAGUACGUGGGUGGCGAGACACGCGUUAUCUCCAUCUCUCGCGACGCCGCUUUCUCCGAUUUAAUGAAGAAACUGACUACCCAGAUCGGUGCGGACAUGGUCCUCAAGUAUCAGGUAGCACUGGAGGAUCUCGACGCGCUGGUGUCGGUGAGAUCGGACGAAGAUCUCAAGCACAUGCUCGAUGAGUACGACCGUCACGAGAGCAGCGGAAACCCGAGGCUCCGCGCCUUCCUGUUCCCCGCCAAUCCGACCGUGAUCGAGAACCAGAUGGCUUCCGUGGAGCCGCAAGCGAUGGAGCAGCGCUACAUCGACGCCAUCAACGGCAUCGUCCGGACCGUGCCUAAUGUGAAGAUCACCCCUCUUCGGGUGAACCAUACCGGGUUCAGCAUAUCCUCAGCCUGCUCAUCGCCGAAAUCGCUGUCUCCGGACAGCGGCCGCUCAAUCGACGCCACGGCCCAUGAGACCAUCACGUUGAACGGAUUCCACCAUGGGAAGCGGCUCCCGAUGAGCAAGGUCCGUAGCUCACCUAGCCUGUGCAGCCUCGGUAACAAUGCCCCGCCGAAUAACAACCUCGGCAACCACCAAUGCGUUCACCAGCACCACCAUUAUCACUACCCGAACUAUUACAAGCAGCAACACCAUCCCGGCUACUACCAGGCCGCGAGACCGCCUCAGGAUCCCCACAAAGGGAUGGGCAGCGAGCGGCUACACCCGACUUUGUCGAUGGGAAGGGCCGAGAUUGGUAGGAGCUAUCUGGGUCAGGGAUUGAACCCGCAUUACGGGUCACAAAGGCAUCACGGGGCCAGCAGGGGAGGUUACAACCACUGCGGUUACUACGAUGAGUGCACCGGUUACGCGAGCGCGAGGUUCGAGCGGGCGGAUAGCCUUCCGGCUAGUCCGAGAAGGGCCUAUUGGGAUGGAUCCUACUAUAAAGGGGACCUGCCGCAUUGACGACGUGACUGGGAUCACCUGAUUUGCAGAUGGUAUGACUGAAAAUACUGUACAGCAAACUUUGGAUUUUCGCUCUCCUGUAUUUGUACAUGAAUUCAAGAUCUAAUAUAGCAUUUCAAACUAUGCAUACUUGAAGUUUCUGUGGAGACCUUUCACGGUUUUCUGGCCAUUGGGACCUAGUUGAUGAAGGGCUGGCUUGGUUUUAAUGGCCCAGCUAAAUCAUCUCAUAGAUGUGUGGCCUCAUUUUGACCAGACAAACCUAUGUAUUUAUACUUUCUAAUCUUGUAAAGUCUUGCUUUUAGUUGGUUGUUUAAAUGGAAUGUUGGGAU